GGCAAACAAGAAAUCAAAAUCCGAUUGGCCAUGCAUAAAACCCAAGUCUAAUUUGAAGAUCACUCGUCUCAAAGACGAUGAUCUGAUUACUGUGAGUUACACCCUUUUUCAUUUAUCAUUUUAUGUGUGUGGAGAAAUUGCGUUGCUCAAGAUUGGAUUUUACUCCCCCUCUUUGGAAGAUUUGACUGUUGUUGGUUUUAAUGAUUGAAUCCGUUAAUCGUUUGAAAUAAUAAAUGUUUCAGAUCCAAAAUUAUCUCACGUCUGCCGAGUCAAAAGCAUUUAGAGAUGCUGCAGAGUCAAUUGGUUUCGUUCACCAAGGUAGUCUUGGUCCAACAAUGGGAGAGGCUUAUAGAGACAAUGAUCGGAUAGCUGUUGAUGAUCCUGCUCUUGCAGAAGCAAUAUGGGGUGCUGGACUUAACAAGUUCUUUUCAGAUUUCAAGAUUCGAGGAAAAGUUGCAGUUGGGUUGAAUCCAAAUAUAAGGUUUUACCGGUACAGUGCUGGUCAACGAUUUGGUCGACAUAUUGAUGAGAGCGUUAAUCUGGGAGAAGGAAGACGAACAUAUUAUACACUAUUGAUCUAUCUAAGUGGUGCCCCUGGUAAAAGUAAAGCCAAAUCUAAAAAUGACAGUAGCUCCCAAGAUUCUUUGGAUCCACUAAUUGGAGGGGAGACUGUGUUUUAUGGUCCUAGAAAUGCUUUGGUUGCUGAGGUAGCUCCGACAGAAGGGAUGGCUCUACUUCACGUUCAUGGUGAUAAGUGCAUGCUGCAUGAAGCUCGAAACGUGAGUAAGGGUAUCAAGUAUAUCUUACGAUCUGAUGUAGCAUUUGCUUGAUUAGGGCAUCUAUCAGUCGCCAUCUACGUUCGUGUAGAUUUCCAUUUCAAUGCAGAUAUAUUCCAAGGAAGAUGUAAGUUUAUUGAACUUCCCAUUUAUCUACAAGAUAUCGGAUUAUUGUUUGCUAAAAAGUACACUGAAAUUGCUGAAUUAAAAUUUGAAUAUGUGGUUAUAUAA